CUUGCUUCUUGCUUCACAUACCCAUACGUACCCAUGCCGAGGUUUGCAAUUUGCACGUGUAUUUGAGACUUUGAGCAUUGAGAGAGACUCAUGUGUUUGUGGGUUUACAUUACGGUCCCGCUGGCGCAGAUGGUCAUUUGAAGAACUUUUAAAAUUGAACACUUAUUUCCGCGAUGUCUUCAACAUUUAGUUUAUUGUGGAGAAUCGAAGUUUCGUCCUGCAGACUGCCUCGGCUGUUGCAUUUACGACAGAUCCCUUUGCAGAAGACCAGCCGGUUACUUCCCUAUUUGCAAUGGCACAAGGCAUACAUCAAGCACUCUACUUUGGAAUGUGGUUUUACAUCAGCAAAACCAUCGGUCCUCACCUCUACAUGUACUUUCUCUUCAAACUACUGCACGAAGUCGGACUCGAAAGCAGACUUUAAAAAAGAUGUUGCGAGUCCACUGGAAGCCAUUGCUGAGCCAAAAAAGGAUGAAGUUGUGGAAGAAAAUUUAAAUAUAUUUCAGCGGUACAAAAAGAUGUUCAAAGAAUAUUGGUAUGUCAUGUUGCCUGUGCACAUUGCAACGUCAAUCGUCUGGUUUGGCUCGUUCUUCUACUUAGCAACAUGUGGUGUCGAUGUUGUUCCACUCAUGGAAUACCUGGGGCUGCCUGAGUCUAUCAUCAGUCCUUUGCGGAAGUCUGGACUGAACUACAUUGCUACAGCUUCAGCCAUGUACAAGUUGGCCACUCCAGCUCGUUACACAGUUACACUUGGAGGAACAUCAAUAGCCAUCCGGGCACUUGUCAAGCGGGGUCUCAUAAAACCUAUGCCAACGAGAGGCGAGCUGAGACAGAUGCUGCGAGACAAGUUGAAGCCCCAAUGAUUGGUGUAGUCUUUUACAACAUACUGCGUAGAUUGUAAAUAAAGUCGAAAUUCAUCACGGCUUA